AUACAUUUUAUGUUGGGAGUUUUGAGCAGAAAAUGCAAAUCCGAUAAGGAUGGUGGGUCAAUCUCCUUCAUUCUCAUCUCGGACUUGAGAGAUCCAAUUUUAUGCACAAAUCCCAGUUCUCUUCCAAGGAACACCACCAUCUUCUUCCUUUUCCUCCGAAAUGGCGAAUCUUGAUGCAAGCGAAGCAACAAUCCCAAUGUCUGAAUUCCCGGAAGACGUUCAGCUCUGCAUCCUGUCCUUCCUCACUCCAUCCGAGAUCUCCUCAUUCGCCUGCACCUCCAAGCGGUUCCUCUCCCUCUGCCGGAGCGACUCCAAGCUCUGGUUUUCAAUGUGCGAUCGCCGAUGGGGGUCCAAGACCCAAAUCAAGAAAUGGGGCUCUGGUAAGAUUACCUUCAAGCAUCUCUAUAAAACGCUACAUGACUACGAGAACCUCAUCGGAUUUUGGCGCCUUAGCAGCAUCCAAAGCCAAGUCAGGGUUAUUUCAAACCAACCACCAACCUUGGUGUUCUUUGAGUGGGGUCCAUCCUUCAUAACCGGUUCUAGGGUUUCACCCUCCAACACCGGUACUUAUAACGUCGUAAAGACCCCCUUUUUAUGGAUGGGUAUUUCUCCCAAAGGUGAAAUUGUUAAUUUUCUUGAACCCACUUCCCAUUCAAAUGAAUUGGUUUCCGUGGAUGUGAACCAUAUGGGGGAAUUUCAUAUCGUCAUCGAACAACGUGGUCUUAGCUUUGGGAAUGCAAAUGUCAUAAAUGAAGAGAUGCUUGGAUUAGAAAGUGGAUCCCCUCCAGACAGGUUAACUUCUGAGAUGUAUCGCUACUUUGCAAACAAGACCAGUCCUGGAGGAGAAAGAGAAAGAGCCUGGAGGAGGCAGAGGAGGAGAGAGAGAGAGAAACAUAAGAAAUGGGAGGCUGAGCAUUUCGUUAAGAUCAUCAAUUACUCUCCUACAACUUUAAGGCCUUUGCAGGGUCUUUGGAAGGGCAUCUGUGAAGAGGCAAAUCUGGACUUCUAUCUGGUGGUGUAUGAUGACAUUGGUGGUAUAGCAUGUCGAAGGAUUGGGGACUCCUGCAAACCUUUCUCCAGUUAUGCACCGGUGUUUUGGACCUCAAACAAUACGUUUUUCGAAUCUCCAUUUUCUUCCGAAGAAGAACAUAUAUAUGAUACUCGUGAACAUCUUCUCCCAGCUGGGCAUCUGCUGUGCUCGGAGAAGGAAGAUGUGGCGCGCAUCAUGUACAUCAAUUCAAGCUAUGAUCUGGUGCUACCAGGAUUGGCAAGCCCCACUACUGUGAAUCCUCAUCAGGUGGAGGGAAGGAUUUGGCAGUAUGGUGAUGGAACAUUUGGAUUUGGGUUUCUUCGUGAUAAUCACAUUAUAGACUUGAAGCAUAUCGCAGUGGAUGGAUGCCUAUUAGAUGCAAUCAAACCUUUGUAAUAGUUAAUAUGUCCUUUCUUAGAGUAGCAACUCACAUAGACGUGGUCUUUCUGUUGCAAGGCUCACCAAUAUGGGAUCUAUAUUUGAUUGUCUGGAUAAAUAAGUCAAUUCCUUAACAGUAUGUUCAGUUUCAGUAUCUAUGCAAAAUUUGUUUUUGUUUCCUUCU